GUCGAAUCUAUCCGACAGAAUAAGCUGAUUAUCUUGAUGCUAAGAAAAACGUCGGAGCUCUCGAAAAGCGUGCUACGGGCAAAUUAAAUAAUAUGGUGAGAGAACUGGCCGUCUCUCCUGAUUUGCUUACACAGUUGUGUCUUUAUUAUUAGUAAUACAAUAAUAUUAUAUGGUGAGAAAUUUGUGGCUCACUCCUAAUUUCGUUAUUUCAGAUCCGAUAAUCCAAACGGUUUUCUGCUGAAUCCUGGAAUAUAUCUGGAAGAAUAUAAAAUGGAUAAAUAUGUUGAUACAAAAUUGGGGUAUUCGUUAAGAUUGAUUUAUCAAAGAAACAAUUUGAGUGAACUUUAGGGUUCCAAUUAAUCUCUGCAGACUUUUUAUAAUUUGAGAGAGAAGGCGAACAGCAAAAAGCAAAAAGCAAAAACAAACAAAAUAGAAAAAUGACUAUUGAAUCACUGAUAAAAGAUGUUGCCAUAAUUGGUGCAGGACCAUCUGGUAUUGCUGCAGUUUACGAGCUAACUCACACCUUACAAGAUGGGACAUCCAUUUUUGGAGUGAAAGAUAUAUCUCCCUAUAAAGACCAAUUAGCUUUUAAAACUGUUGUUGCUUUUGAAAGAAACUCGUCUGUGGGUGGUAUUUGGGGGAAAGCUGUUGCUGAAAAAGCGAUUGAUCCCUCAUUGCCUAGAUUAGAAAGUUUGGCUGAAGACAUAGAUUAUUCAAAACCUGAGAAUAUAUAUUUAAAAUCGAAAAUCCCUGAAAAUCUAAAUGAUUCAAACGAUUAUCAAAAUCCAGUUCUAAUUAAGAGAAAAAUCAACGAUACUUCAGAUAAAUAUCAAUGGAGUGGUUCUGGAAUUUAUAAAGGUCUUUUCACAAAUGUUAGUAAAAAAUAUAUGAGUUAUUCCUUUGAUGAAUAUGAUCUCAACUCUAUUAAGAAUAGACCCUUGAAGGAAUUAUUAGCUGCUGGUGAAGUUGGAGAUUACCUUGAAGAAUCUGUUAAAAAAAAUAACUUGGGGGAAUACAUUAAAUUAAACUCAAAUGUCGAAUACACUGAGAAAAUUGAAAACAAAUGGCAUGUAACCAUUCAAGAAAGAAUAUUUGAUGCCGAAAAUGGCACUGUUAUUGAAAAAUGGUAUAAACAAAAAUUCGAUGGAUUAAUUAUUGCAAAUGGCAAAACUAUUCCUUAUUAUCCAAAGAUUCCAAGUUUUAAACAAUUCAUUGAAAAAAAUCCCAAUGUUGUCAUUCAACACUCAAAAUCAAUUUAUGACCCAGAGAUCUUGGUUAAUCAAAAAAAACUUUUAUUUAUUGGAGGAAAUGUCAGUGCUGUUGAUUUAGUCCAAUAUUGUUUUCCCAGACCAUUAGAUCCUCCAACUAUUUUUGUUUCUAAAAAACAAGAGGGGGAUAAAAAAUUUUGGAUUGAAAAAUGUUUAAAUUCUGGCGGAAUAGUCAAUAAAACUGUAAUUAAAAGAUUUUUACCUGAUAUCAAUGGAGUUGAAUUUGAAGAUGGAUCAAUAGAAACAGACUUUGACUAUAUCGUAUUUGCUACUGGAUAUCAUGUUUAUUAUCCAUUCCUUGAGACAAAAAAUUAUCUCAAAAAGUAUCCCAGGGCAUUAGAUUUUUUUCUUUUUACUUUUUCAGUUGAUGAUCCAACUUUAACUUUGGUGGGAAAUACCUAUGCUGCUUUUUUCUUUAAUAGAAAUGAGGCAAUAGCAACAGCAAUUGCUGGAGUUUGGUCGGGCUACACUAAAGUAGCAUCCCGAGAAGAAGAAGACAAGUGGUUUGAAGAAGUCAAAAGAAGACAGACUCAAGUUUUAGGUCUUCUUUAUGGAGCUGCUAAUAUCAAAGAACAGUAUAUCGAUGUUCUAUGGAAUUAUGCGCCCAAGGGAAGACCAAAUCCUCUAGCUGGAAUUAGAGAGUCUCAUGUUGAAGAUUCAGCCAAUUCUGCAAAUAACAUAGAACAUCUAUUUUUCGCUAUCAAAAACGGAGAGCUAACGCCUCAAAAUGUGUUUAAAGAAAUAUAAUAUAAUAAUAGAUAACAACAAAAAGAACAAAAUACGAUAUUAAUUGAAUUUUAGAGCUUUAGGAAGUGAAGGCUUUGCAACAGCUCGUGUGGCG